CCGCGCGGCCGGUGGCGGCCAAGCCCGGCGCGGGCGGCGGCGGGGAGCCCCGCCCAGGGGCACAAGAGCGAACUGGGCUGGCCGAGCCCGAGCGGCCUGUCGCAGUCACGGCGCCGGCCAGCGCGACGCUAAGGCCGCUGGGUCCCUCCCCUGGACACGCCCUGGGAGAGCAGCCAAGCGCGCGCGACCCCCCACCAGCCCCGUCAAUGUAGCAGCCAGCGCGCGACCAAGCGGCUGCUCAGUGGCGCGCCUGCAGCCCGCGCCGGCUGGCUCCGCUCCCAGCCUGCCUCUGAGGCGCAGCAGCGGCGGGUCCAAGCUCGACCCGCCCCUCUGCCUCCCCACGUGAGGCGCCCAUGGCGGUGGCACGCGCCUGCCGUCCCCCGGCGGUGCGCGUCAGGCAGCUCGCGAGCUGCCCAGGGCAAAGUUUCUCGCCAUGGCCAUCACACAGUUCCGGCUUUUUAAAAUUUGUACUUGCCUGGCAGCAGUGUUGUCCUUCAUUAAGAGGCUAAUAUGCAGGUCUGGAAGAGGACGAAAGUUAAGUGGAGACCAAAUAACUUUGCCAACUACAGUGGAUUAUUCAUCUGUUCCUAAACAGUCUGAAGUAGAAGAUUGGACUUCAUGGGAUGAAGAAGCACCAACCAGUGUGAAGAUUGAAGGAGGUAACGGGAAUGUGGCCACACAACAGAAUGCUUCAGAACAACUGGAGCCUGAUUAUUUUAAGGACAUGACGCCAACUAUAAGGAAAACACAGAAAAUUGUUAUUAAAAAAAGAGAACCUUUACAUUUUGGGAUCCCAGAUGGAAAUGCAGGAUUUUCUAGUAGAUUAGCAGCCACACAAGAUAUUCCUUUUAUUCAUCAGUCUCCUGAACUAGGAGACUUGGAUACUUGGCAGGAAAAUACUAAUGCCUGGGAAGAAGAGGAAGAUGCUGCCUGGCAGGCAGAAGAAGUACUUAGGCAGCAGAAGAUAGCAGAAAGGGAAAAGAGAGCAGCAGAACAACAAAGGAAGAAAAUGGAGAAAGAGGCACAAAGGCUAAUGAAGAAAGAGCAGAACAAAAUUGGUGUAAAACUAUCCUAACACAAGCACUUCUAGGAUGACUGUACCAGCAGGAAGGAGAAUCCCAGUUUCACAACAUAAAGCAUCAUUUGUAUUGAUUUAAGUAUUUUUAGAACUCACUGCUUGAUUUUAAUGCAUUCUUCAGGUCAUCUUGGAGCCCGAAUUCUCCCAUAAAGUAUCUUGAACUAUUAGUAGAUGGAUCUUAAAAAUAAAACACCAACCCUGCAAAUCAUACCUUGAUGGAACAAUGUUUCCUGCAAUAGCGCUAUUCCAGCACCACCCCCUUAUACAAGAACAGUGAUUGCUGCAGUGACAGUCUGAUGGUGGGGACAUAAACUCUAAUAGAUGGUUGAAGCUUAAAGAAAAAAGGGUGUAAAUAAUUCAGUGGUGGGAAAUCUACUGUAUUAUCUAUUAUGCUUACCUGAAAAGUGUAAUUAAAUAAUUUUAAAGAA